AGCCCCGCGCUCUGCCGCGCCAGAGCGCUUGGUUACAUCCGUCCGUCGUUGUCUCGUGCUUAUAACCUGAAACCGCCGUUGCCGCCGCCCGGAUCACGAUGAGUUGACGUCGUCGCGCGUUCCCCGAGUGCGUCCGUUUCUACCGUCGCGGAUAGUCUGUACAAUUUUGUGAAAAAAAUAAAAAUGCCGCUCGCCCGUUGAUCGAGCGAGUGCGAGAUUGUUCUCUCUGUGCCUACCGAUCGGUGCCGCCGAGCUGCGGGACUGUGAGGAAAACAUGGCCCAGGAAACGGACGAGAUCAACCUCACGUCCCAGGAGCUGCAGAUACUCUCCGAACUUGACAGUCGUCAGUUUGGAUUUCUGAAGCUCAAUUCCCCCGAACAAGCCAAAAAGAAAGCUUUAGUGGUUCGUGCAAUCAAAUACUUGGAGCGAAUGCUCGUCCAAGCUCAGUCUGAAAAGCAGCGCAGAAAAGCCGACAGUACAAAGACAAAUUUAGAAGGCUCUAAAGAUGAUGACGAAGAUGAGGAUGAUGAGGAGGAUAAAGGGAUCAGCAUUGAUCCAAAAACUUAUUGUAAAUUGGGACAUUUUCAUUUGUUGCUAGAAGAUUAUGCUAAAGCUAUGUCAGCUUAUCAAAAAUUCUAUGAGUUGAAAGGAGAUUACUGGAAGGAUGCUUCUUUUCUUUAUGGACAAGGACUCGUCUAUUUUCAUUUCAAUGCGUAUCAAUGGGCAGUGAAGGCAUUUCAACAGGUGCUAUGGGUGGAACCAGGAUUUCCACGAGCCUGCGAGGUUCACCUACGGCUCGGUUUGAUGCUGAAGGUCCACGGUGAUUUCGACGCGGCUCUCAAGCACCUGACACUCGCCCUAAUCGACGUCACCACACCUGCUUCCUUCUCCAAGCUCGAGAUCAAGUUCCACAUCGCGCACCUGCACGAGGUACAAGGCAAGUACCGUCUGGCUAAGGAGCACUACGAGGCGCUGCUCAAGGAGAAGGUCCUUCCGACGCACCUCAAGGCCGAUAUCUGCCGACAGCUGGGAUGGAUGUACCAUGUUGUUGACGGGAGUAUCCUAGGCGUAACCCAGAAGCAAGACGCAGCGAUCUACCACUUGAAAAAGUCGAUCGAGGCCGAGCCGAAGAGCGGACAGAGUCUCUACCUAUUCGGCCGCUGUCUUGCCGCAUCCGGACAUGUCCACGAGGCUUUCAUCGCUUACAGGAGCUCCGUGGAAAAAUCCGAGGGCAACGCCGACACCUGGUGCAGCAUAGGCAUCCUUUACCAGCAGCAGAAUCAGCCGCUGGACGCGCUCCAAGCCUACGUGUGCGCUGUACAGCUGGACAAGUCGCACUCGGCCGCCUGGACGAAUCUCGGCAUUCUCUACGAGAGCCACAGCCAGCCCAAGGACGCUUUGGUGUGCUACGUCAACGCUUCGAGGGGUAACCACAACACUCCCAACUGCGCCAACAGCUCGCUGAACAGCCAGCUGAGCGGUGCCAAGGUCGGAGGCAGUGGUCCAAUGAACCCCUCGUUACAACAACGCAUCAGCUUCCUGCAGACUCAACUCAGCCAAGCACCGAUGCCUUCUGCCUCGAUCAAGCGGCGCACACUGCCGUCGAUAGAAGAAGCCUGGAACAUGCCGAUCAGCGCGGAGCUGUCGAGUCGGCAGCAGCAGCAACAGCAGCAGCUACAGGGUCCUGGCGGUCCCGGUUACAACAAGUAUCCGGGUGGACCGCCAGGACCACCUCCGCCUUACCCUCAAGGCCAGAAUCCUAACACUAAGCGGUUCAAGCCUGGCGAAGAUGGAGUCGCAGCUCAGCAGCAGCAGCAGCAGCAGCAGCAGCUCCAGAGGCCACCAGCGUUUUAUCUGACAACGCAGCAACUGCAGAUGCUCCAAUUUCUGCAGCAGAAUCAUGGCAGCUUAACGCAACAGCAGCAGGGUCUGUUUGCCCAGCUUCAACAUCAAUAUCGAGCGAUGCAGCAGCACCAGCAGCAACUCAGAAUACAGCAGCAACAAGCUAUUCAACGAGGUCUGAGACCCGGAAUGCCUGGGUAUCCGAUGGGAUACGCUCCUGCUCAUGCUCAACCUGGGCAGCCUGGUGUCAUUAAGAACUACGGCGUGCCUCAGCAACCGCAAAGCGGUACAGUGGCUUUGCAAACCGGCUUUUCGGACUCGAAUGUGGGCUAUAACGCAGCUGCAACGGGUAACUGCCAAACUGCAGGUAUGCCGUACAAAUCUGCCUCAGACACAAACUAUCCACAGCGUCAGCAGCAACCCCAGCAGCAGCAACAGCCUCAGCAGCAAAGUCAAGGCCAAUUCACCAACCAGCAGCAAUACCAAUCCUCGAAUCAAUACGGUGCUCAAGGCUACACUCAGAUCUCCUCGACGACGAGCUGCUACCCCGAGGGUUCCUCCGCUAACAACAACAAUAAUAAUAACAACAAUAAUACUGGCAGUAAUAAUGCUGCCGGUAACAACAAAGACGCGGGUCUAGGUGUCACCGACCAGGAGCUCCAGGCUCUGUUAUCCCAGAAGGAUAUCGCUACGUCUCUUGCGGAAGAUCUGCUCAAGCAUUUUGGAUCCGAGGAUUUGGAUGUUAAGGAGGAACCGCAACAGCCAAUCAUGAACAACGGAACACUGAGCUCCGGACCGUUCUCACCGUCGAAUCUUGAGAACGAGGUGGACAAAGUUAAGGAAGUCAAGGUUGAGAAAAUGGACGAACCUACGACCCCAGCGCUAACCCCUAAGGUUGAGACGAAACCGCUAGUUGAGACGAUCAAGUGCGAGGCCACAUCGAGCACGAGUAAAGUUGACGCCAUUCGUAUGCGAGGCGAACCAGUACUGCGACUGGAACGGCUCUGCGAGACGCAAGCGGAGCCGGAGUUCAGUAUCGACAUGGAUUCGAGGCAAGUUGUUGAACUCUGUCGCAAGGUAGGCUUUAAGGGUGCGUUGAACUGCUCGGUACUGAGCGACCGAUCGCCACCACCUGCGCCACCGGACCCACCAAGUCAGAGGCUGACGAAGGAACAACUGCUGCCGCCUACGCCGAGUACAUUCUUGGAGAACAAGAAAGAAGUGUUCAGUCUUGGACUGCAAGAGUUCUGUCUUAAGCACCCGAUUGCCGUUGUUCGAGGUCUAGCGGCAGCUCUGAAACUCGAUCUCGGUCUUUUCUCGACAAAAACUUUGGUUGAGGCAAAUCCCGACCACACGAUUGAGGUCCGCACGCAGUUGCAGCAAUCGAGCGACGAGAACUGGGACCCAGUACUGGCCAGAAAAGUCUGGGGCUGCAUUAGCCAUCGCAGUCACACGACAAUCGCCAAGUACGCGCAAUAUCAGGCCUCCAGUUUCCAGGAGAGUCUUAAGGAGGAACGUGAAAAGAGCCAGGGCAUACAUACAUCGACAACCACCAAUCUGUCGGAUAGCGACUCUAAAGACAGCACUGGUAUCAAUGUCAAGAGGAAGAGGAAUAUUUACGGAUUGCCUGGAAGAUCAGGCUCUAAAAUGCUGCGUUUCGGUACGAACGUUGAUUUGUCUGACGAGAGAAAGUGGAAGGCUCAGCUACAGGAGCUGAUGAAGCUUCCGGCUUUUGCCAGAGUUGUCUCGGCGAGCAACAUGCUUAGCCACGUAGGACACGUGAUUCUGGGAAUGAACACCGUUCAGCUGUACAUGAAGGUACCUGGAAGUCGAACACCAGGACAUCAGGAAAACAACAAUUUCUGCUCUAUCAAUAUCAAUAUCGGACCAGGCGACUGCGAAUGGUUCGCCGUACCCGAUGCUUAUUGGGGAGUUAUUCAGAGUCUAUGCGAGCGCAACAAUAUUAAUUACCUGCAUGGCAGUUGGUGGCCAUCAAUGGAGGAUUUGUACGAAGAAAAUGUUCCUGUAUACCGGUUCUUACAGAGACCUGGUGAUCUCGUUUGGGUUAAUGCUGGUUGCGUUCACUGGGUACAAGCAGCCGGCUGGUGCAAUAAUAUCGCUUGGAACGUUGGUCCUUUGACCGCGCGUCAGUAUCAGCUCGCGAUCGAGCGCUACGAGUGGAAUAAGCUCCAGUCGUUCAAGUCGAUCGUGCCCAUGGUACAUCUAUCAUGGAAUCUGGCUCGCAACAUCAAGGUAUCAGACAAACGGUUAUUCGAGCUUAUCAAGAACUGCUUGUUAAGGACUAUGCGCCAGUGCUGUGUUAUUCUGGAGUUCGUCAAGUCUAAAGGCAUCGAGGUACGCUUUCACGGCAGAGGCAAGAACGAGGCUUCGCAUUACUGCGGGCAGUGCGAGAUUGAAGUAUUUAACAUUCUGUUCAUUCGUGAACAAGAAAAGCGCCACGUAGUUCAUUGUAUGGACUGUGCGCGAAAGCAGUCGCCUUCACUCGAAGGUUUCGUCUGCCUGGAAGAGUAUAGGAUGCGCGAUCUCAUGGACGUAUACGAUAAUUUCACUCUUCACACACCUCAUCGUCAACAACUACAGCAGCAAAGAUUGCAACAGCAACAGCAUCCGCAACAACAAGCUGCGCAACAGCAUCCGCAUCAACAAACUGUGCAGCAGCAACAACAGCAGCAGCAGCAAGCUCAACCAAUUCAAGCACAGCAGGUACAACAGCAACCUCAAUCUCAACCACAACCGCAACAGCGGAUGUCGCCCCCACAGCAACAGCGGCUGUCGCCUCCACAGCAACAGCAGCAACCCCUGAGGCCACAGUCACAGCCUCAACCACAGCCACAACCACAGCCACAACCGCAGCAGCGGCUAACGCCACCACAGACGAGUUCUCAAGUUUCCUGAGACGACGAGGAACACAGAUACCUGGACUACCUCGGACUGGAUUGAGCCCAGAGAUGGAGUUCGCGUUUCUGUGUGAGAAAACGGAGAAGAGAAAAAAACUCACGCACACCCGACGAUUCUUUCGCGCGGAAAAAAUUAUGUGAUAAUCCCGACCAAGUGACUGUUAAGUGAGUGAGGCUCAGAUGGCGUUCGCCGUAGUAAUUGUGUAUAACUGAUACGACGGAAUAGUUAGAAUUUAUAAGCCGUCCGUAAGCCUCCUCAAUCGAGCCGAGAGUCGGUGAAUUUGUGUUUUUUUCUGUGCUGAAUCGGACGAACAGUGCGCGCGAAGUCUGUGCGAAAUGCGAAAAGUGUAAGUUACCCCCUGUUCGUUUGACGAAAAAUCAUGUUUUCUCGUUAAGUAUAGUGUACAAAGGACGAAAAACUCUCGUUAACCUAAUAUUUCUCUUUGUCUUACUUUUCCCCCGUUGUCCUUUAUACAGCCGGAAAAAGGAAUUAUUAUUGUACAAUGCGCAGCCCUUCCCUUUUCGGCGUGUGAUAAUUUUUUUCUAUUAUAUAUUUUUUUGCUCCUUUUGACGAGACUCGUUGAUCUUUUAAAUGUGAUUUAUGAGAUAGCAAUGAAAUGGAAUCAUGAGUAUAAUAUUUUGAUUUUAUCAUUAAUCUUGUAUGCAAUCAUGUAAUCGCGAGGAAUCUAGAAAUUUUUUUUGCCUUGAAUUUCUGAAUGAAACAAAGCAAGCACCGAAGUUCGAUCGCUAUACGAUGAAUAUAUUGAUAAAACGUUGCGUGUUCAACGUACACAAUUUUUAACGCGCUAUGCUGAUUUUAGGAUAUACUACUGGUUACUUCAAAGUAAUAAUAAUAACGCAAAAGUGACAAUUUUUUAUUCACUGCCAAAUCCCGAAGAAAUAUUGCAAAUUUGCGCUUCUUGUAAAUACAUGAAUUAGCGAAGCUCGGAAAUUCGUGCUGAUGGAGCACUACUAAUUAAGUAUAAAAGAAAACAUAUAACAUCAGUUCGAAAGACUACUCAGGAACAUAAAUUAAUUAAUCUUCAGUAUAUGGAAUAAAAGCGCAAUCAAAAAUAACCGCGUACGUCUUUGUAUUUUUCUCGAUGGAAACGAUUUACAUGAUAAACGCAAAUAUGCUGUGAUGUACAUUCAAGUACACAUGUUUGUAUAAUAAACAGUGUGAGCUUGGAAAAAAAAUGUUAAAAGUGCAUCCACAAAAAUACUAUAGUUGUAGAGCGGAAUAAAUUAGUAUUAUUUUUGCAUAACGUUUCAGUGAAAAUGUUAUGUAAAAUAAUACUUCAAGCUAUGAUGCUAACUAUAAAUAUUUUUGAUCGAUGCACUUUUCAUGAAUUUUUUCAAGACAGUCCAGUACGAGGGUUAGUCCAGCAUAACAAUUUAGUCCCCAAUACUUCUUUGGAAAUUUUUUUUCAUAACUGUGUUUUACAAGAAAUCACUUUUCUCCAUUCAAAAGUCUAAGAUUUAUUUUUUUGAUAUCGUAUUGUGGUUAUCAAACCAAUAAUAACUGCUAAAACUAAUUGAAAAUAAUCAAUUACGAAGAAAAAUUGGGUAUUAAAAUGUUAAGUUUUCGCGUAACGUAAAAUUCAAUAAAAUUUCAACGCAAUCUGAAGUAAAAUGGCUUAUACAUGAAAUUUUUCUGAACUUUACAAUCAAUGUUCUUGUACCUCGACUUUAACACUUCUAAUGUAAAAACUGAUAGGAAACGAAAUAAAUUAUACUGUUGUGUGAUCGUGUCAAUUCGCUUAGAUUUCAGAACAAAGAUUAUCUAACCAGUAAAGUGCGCGUAUUUUUGAAAAGCUUAAUGAAUUAUGAUAUCGUGAAAAACAUGAAAAUAAUAGAUUGUCGUAUCCAAAAUGUCGAGACUUCGAGAAGUUUAUAUUCUAGCAGAAAAGGAAAAGCAUUGUAUAAGGCACACGUUAGCAAAGAACCCGAGACAGAUGUAAAAUGUAAUCUUGGAUCUUUAUUUUGAAAUUUCUGAACCGACGUGCCCAAUGAUCUCAAUCCCGCGCCAAUAUUGGCAGUUGUCGGUAAUGCAACAAAGCUCUGCCAAUAUUAUAAGUCUUUUUUUGAACUUUCCUUUCUAGCUGUUAUAGAAGCUUAGGGAUUUCGCGUAAAGAGAGUAUAUUUAAAAAAGUGAAUUCAUGCAACAAUAAGUAAAUGGAUAAAAAAAAAUAAAAAACAAAAAAAAAUAGGAUAUCGUUGGGAAAUCGGGGAAAAAGUUGGCAAAGCUUAGGUAAUAUGAAGAGAAGAAAUUAUAGUGAAUCUGAAAAAAAAUUUAGUAUUAAGUAAAAGAAAAUUUAGAAAAUUUUGAGAACGUUUGACUGCUUUUUAUGCAUUAUGUUAUAAUUGGAGAAAAAUUGUAUGAUAAAUUGUGUGUGCGCGAAAUUAAUUGAGAUAAAAAUUCAAUUUCACUGUGGUAUCUUCUCUAAGAAUUGCUUUGUGGAAGUUUCUUUCAAUUAUUUAAACGAAGCAUCCGAUUUUUUGCGAUGACUCGAUUUGUAGGCUCAGUUCAUUAGGAAAUUGAAUGAAGCUCGUUAGGUAUACAUAAAUAUAUUAUUAUAUUUAGAGCAGCCUUUCGACAAGUCAAUUUUAUUGCGAUCAUUCCAUCUUGACUAGCUGAAUGAAACUCAGAUCUGCCUUUAUUGAACAGUGAUUGAAAUUUGCAAAGCUUAUGAAUUUGAAUAUGAAAUUCUAAAUUGUUUUUUUUUCUAAUGUAAAUUAAAUUAUGUUUAUUGUAUCUAUAAUAUAAAUAAUAGUUUUAUUAAAUUUAAUCUUUAUCUUCAUUUUUCGUACAAUCCCAGCGACUAUUUAGGUACUGUUAUAUAUCAUUUAGCUGAUUUGUAAGUCUACAAAUCUGACUUUCAUUCGACGGCCCAAAAGGGUGGUAAAACGUGAGUUGAGAAAGUCCGAAGCUAACUUGGUUUGUAAGCACUAGAUAAAUGAAAGAGUUAGACUAAUUUCGCGGAAUAAUCGUCUAUCACGUGUAAAUAUCGACAUCGAUUUUAGUUAGCCCGUCUUUUCUACUAUCGAUGACAAUUUAUCGCGAUCUUUGUAACGCAUAGAGUUAUUUAUAAUCGUAGUGUACUUACGAAAUCUCUAUUACACACAACACGUCCCCUUUUACAUAAAAGAUUAAAGCGUAAAAAAACCUCCGAAAUCUCGUAUUUUCAUAAAAUUUGCGUACAUACAUAUAGCGUUGCACGUUGUUCACGCCAGCGAAAAACUUUCUAAAUUACCUUUUAGAAGGACGAAUAAAUAAUGCAUUUGUAUUAUAUAUUAUUUUUACUGUGUAAUUGUUUGUAAAAAUUAAAAAGCGACUGACCUUUCUUAUUGGCUAAGAGUACUUAAAGUAUAUUUUGAGUUGAAAAGUUUCAGCAAAUUGUAAACAAUUAUGGAAACAAAAGUUGUCUAUGAAUAAAUUAUGAAUUGUAAACGAAAACUUUUCAACUUAGAAAAUACUUUGAAGUUUGUAGACUUAUGUAUGUGUACAUAAGAAAUGAGUUUUUCACGUUGAAUUAUUGUAAUUAAUUUUGAAUUUUAUCAAAGAUUAUUAAGCGAUUAAAAAUAAAUUAAUUAAAAUUCAAGCGAUGUGUACGAGUCUACUUUUGAUUUGAUUCAAGCAAAUUUAUAAGAACCUUAUCAAAUUCCGUAGAAUUGAAAAGUCUAAGUCUUUCCGCUGGUUUGGACGAUAACGUUGAAAAGGCCAUUUUACAAAUGCGAAAAGCGUGUAUUUUCGAUAUUUGAAAAACUAUGCCUACUUUGAAAAUCCAUACGUGAAAGGCUAUCGAAGUAAACCGUGCAGGCUGUUGAACGACGCUAAAAACUUGCGUGAUAAAGAAAGAAAAUAGAAUUAUAACGUAAAAAUGUUCUAUUUUCGCUACAAACAAAGUGCAAAAGCUUUGAAACUGAAGUAAUAAGAAUUAAAAAUAAAAAGGCGGUAGAAAACUCGAAAAUCGCUACCUUCAAACGAACUCGAGUAGCGAUAUUUUUAUAAACAAAGUUUCAGAGUUGAUUUAAUUUUCUGAUUUAAAAUUUUCGAGAUUCCAUAGGGGCUAUGCAUGUUUCUUUGUGUCUUAAAACGAGACGAAAUGCAAAGUAAAGAGAAAACGAGAAGUAAAUCGGAGGAAGCCUAGUAUAGACGUGUUUGCGAAAAGUAUAGAAAUGGAAAUGUCUGUGAAAGUCGAAAAGAUAUUGUAGAACAUUCACUGCCAAAUUGUGAUGAUACUCGUGUUAGCCCAUCUUUGUAGCUCGGAGCGUUUGAAGCAUGGAAAACUGCCGAUUGUUUGUAUACCGAUUGAUUUUGCUAUAAUAUUUUGAAAUUGCAGUUCGUUCGUUGAAAUUUUUCUUCGUUGAAGUGUACAUUCGAUUUUUCAAAGUAAUUGGAUAAUCCGACUUGUCUGUCCCGGAAAUAAAGAAAAAGAGAAGCGCCUCGCUUACCUCGCGAAAUCUGAUAUCACAAAAGUUCUGUGCGAGCUGGAGAAAGCGACGUGUAAGAAAGUAGACGCUAUUUUUUAAUCGAACAACUGCGUUUCUGCGAUGUACAAAGACAAACAAGGAAACAGUGUAAAACCGACUAAGUAUAAAUGCUUCGGGCGGCCCGCAGCGCUUUUCUAUGUAUGUACUAUGUACUAUGUUUACGUGUACAGUGCCUUUAUAACUUAAAAUCACAUACACAUUUGGGAGGAUAGUCGCAACGGCCUCUAAUCGAGCGUUAACUUGUUCAACCGAAUACCAAAGAAAAUUAUUGAAAAACGUUGAUUAAUGCACCGAUGAAUGUGGCUUAUUUUCUGCGACAAAUGAAAAUGCGAGAAUGAUUUCGAAGUUUAACGAUGGACAUUGGUUAACGGUCGUUGAGGCUUCCUUCUGCAAAAUCUAUCAUGCGUCUAUGAGUUUAACUUUGUAAGCAUUAUACCUAGGAGUAUUCAUAAUGUAAUUAGAAUCAUCAUCGAGAAUAUAUUAUUAUAUAUUGUAAAACUGUACAGAAUGAUAAAAAUGAAUUACACAUUCGUCGACGAUUACUUUGACGACGUCACUGUAGGUAGCUCUAUUAUCAUCAUUUAUGAAUCCUUAAUUACAGUAAAUCAUCAUCAUUGCGAUUGAUUGAUAAAAAUGUGUUUACUAUAUUAAUGAUAUAAACGGUUAUGCUGAAAUCACUUAA